CAACCACUUCCAGCUUCCAGCCUUCAAAUCCACCAUCAACACCACCUCACCAUACAUUGCACACCCAGUCGUCAAAAUUGCGCGCACAUCCCAAAUCCACACGCCCAAAAGAUGGCGGAAAACGAAUGCUCCCAAAUCCUCCGCCAGCUACACAGCUUCAAAGACGAACACGAUGCCCGAACCCACUCAACCGCGCUCCUCUCACGCGCAAAGCUCGCCCUCCUGAAACUCAACGCCCUCGUCCCCCACGACGAGAUUUCCCCCUCACAACUGAACCUCGCCAUCAGCGUGCUCGAAACCGGCGCACUCCUCAGCAUCCAACUCAAAGACACCGAAGCCUUCACACGCUACUUCCAACAACUACAACCCUUCUACGCCAUCCCCGCAUCGCGAAGACAGCAAAGUAAUGAGGGAAAAGUCACGGGAUUGUAUUUGUUGCUGCUGUUGAGUGUGGGUGAUUAUGCGGGCUUUCAUACUGUGCUUGAGGGUUUGCAGACGAGUAGUGGGAAGGAUCAGAUCGAGAAGGAUGAGUUUAUUCAGUAUCCUGUCAGACUGGAACAGGCGCUGAUGGAAGGGAGUUAUGAUAAGGUUUGGGGAGAGACGAAGGCGGAGAGGGUGCCGAGUGCGGAGUUUGCCGUUUUCUCAGAGGUCCUCAUCGACACCAUUCGAUCCGAAAUUGCAUCUUGCUCCGAACGCGCUUACCCUUCUCUCCCCAUCUCGAACACGAAGAACCUGCUCUUCCUCGACUCCGAAGGCGCGGUCAUCCAAUUCGCAAAGGCAAGAGGCUGGGUCGCGAAGGAUGGUAGGGUCUACUUCCCACAACAGGAAGCUGAUGCAUUGGCGGCCGAGAAGGAUGUCAUGAGCAACAGCGACGUGGUGAUUGAGAACACGUUGGGCUAUGCGAGGAAGCUGGAGACUAUUGUGUAAUACUCUGCUCUUGGAUGCGGAUGAAUUUAUCUCAAGGAAAUAUCCACGCCGUCUACGAUGGGGAUAGCAUCGUGGACAAGAAGCGAAGCAGAGCUUGGAAGCGCACUUCCAUGAGGCAACUGAUCCUCAUCCAGACCUCGAAGGAGAACUGGCCUUAAUCGCAGACACCCGACCUAGAUGGCUUAGCGAGGGCCAAAGGACUAGAGCCAGGAGUAUGUACAAUUAGAGCGAGUACGUAUGGAUCAAGAGCAUGAAUCUCGCU